AUGGCUCCACCAGAUCUCCAAGUAAAUAGUUUAUACAUCCUCCUCUUUAAUCGCAACGACCCACCCCAGCCCAACGACUUCCACUGGGGCCUCUACCUCCACCAGAACCCCGUCAGCGGAGGAACAAAAUACCACAUCAAGACCGUCGGUCCCGGUUGGAUCCCUGACCAUGGCACGACGGCCGCCAUCAUGAAGGAGUUCCUGCUCGUGGGUCUCCUACGUAUUGCCGACGUUCCCCGGACCUUCAUCCCCAUCUCGAUCGGAUCUUUCGAUCGCUCGAUGGGGAUCUCAAUCACUCGGCUCAGACGUGUCGAGUGUGGGUUCUAG